UUUAUUCUUCUCCACGCUCAUAAUCAACACCACAACAAAUUUCACGACCAAACCAAACCACGCUCAUAAUGGACACUAGUACUUCUGCCUACGCUCCCUUGCCGGGAGAAGACCCUUUAUUUUCCGGUCAUCCCCCGGCAAGUCUCCGACGAUCCUGGAAGGGCUUCGCCGUGAUCUUCGCCUCCGUCUUGUUUCUCUUGUCUUUGGUCGGACUAAUCAUCCAUCAAGGCCCGCAACAACCGCCAGAUGUAAUGCCGGAUAAACAAGAUGAACAUCAUCAUCCUCAGUCAACUACUCCAGCUUCAGAGACUACGUCGUCCUGGGAGCCGAGAGGGAAGGCACUAGGAGUCUCGGCCAAGUCGAACCCGCCGGUCUCCGACGAGCUCUCGUAUAACUGGACCAAUGCUAUGUUCUCUUGGCAGAGAACAGCUUUUCACUUUCAACCGGAACGGAAUUGGAUGAAUGAUCCUAAUGGUCCAUUGUUUUACAAGGGUUGGUAUCACCUGUUCUACCAAUACAAUCCGGACUCAGCCAUAUGGGGCAACAUCACGUGGGGCCACGCCGUAUCGACGGACCUGAUCCACGGCUAUACCUCCCCCUCGCAAUGGUCGCCGAUCAAUGGUACGAUGCGAAUGGCGUGUGGAGGGUCCGCCACGCUUCUCCCCGACGGUCAGAUCGUAAUGUUGUACACGGGGGACACCGUCGAUGCUGUUCAAGUGGUGUGCCUUGCGCACCCGGCCAACCUCUCUGAUCCCUUACUCAUAGAUUGGGUCAAGUACUCGGGUAACCCGGUGUUGACUCCUCCGCCCGGCAUUUUAACCACCGAUUUCCGUGACCCCACCACAGCUUGGACCGGACCGGACGGCAAGUGGCGCAUUACUAUUGGCUCAAAGGUCAAUACAACCGGUAUUUCCUUUGUGUACCACACAGAGGAUUUCAAAACCUACAAUAUGUCGAAGGGGGUCUUGCAUGCUGUUCCGGGUACGGGUAUGUGGGAGUGCAUUGACUUUUACCCGGUUGUCAUAAACGGGUCGAAGGGUGUGGAAACGUCCGUGAAUAACCCGAGCGUCAAGCAUGUCCUGAAGGCGAGCUUGGACGACACAAAAGUGGAUCACUAUGCACUUGGGACUUAUUUUGAGGAGAAUGAAACAUGGGUACCCGAUAACCCGGCUCUUGAUGUGGGUAUUGGGUUGAAGUAUGACUAUGGAAGAUACUAUGCAUCAAAGACAUUUUAUGACCAGAACAAGGAGAGAAGGAUCCUGUGGGGUUGGAUCAAUGAGACUGAUACCGAAUCUGAUGACUUGGCAAAAGGUUGGGCAUCUGUUCAGACUAUUCCGAGGACUGUGUUGUUUGACAAUAAAACCGGCACCAAUUUGAUCCAAUGGCCGGUGGAAGAGAUCGAGGAGUUGAGAUUGAACAAUACCGACUUCAGUGAUGUUCUAGUUGAAGCAGGAACAGUUGUUGAGCUAGAUAUUGGAACAGCUACACAGUUGGACAUUUUAGUGGAGUUUGAAGUAGAACCGUUGGAAUCAUCAGAGACUGUGAAUAGCAGUGUAGGUUGUGGUGGUGGUGCUGUAGAUAGAGGCACGUUUGGACCAUUUGGUAUUCUGGUCAUUGCAGAUGAGACUCUUACUGAGCUAACCCCUAUCUAUUUCAACCUCGCCAAUUCAACUGAAGGGGACGUCACAACUUAUUUCUGCGCAGACGAAAGAAGGUCAUCUAAGGCUCCUGAUGUCUUCAAACAAGUUUAUGGAAGUGAAGUUCCUGUGUUGGAUGGUGAAAAACACUUCGCAAGAGUGUUGGUUGAUCAUUCAAUUGUAGAGAGCUUUGCGCAAGGAGGUAGGACGGUGAUUACAUCACGAGUUUAUCCAACAGAAGCAAUCUACGGAGCAGCAAGGCUAUUUUUGUUCAACAAUGCAACAGGUCUAAAUGUUAAGGCCACCCUCAAGAUUUGGCAGCUAAACUCAGCUUUCAUUCACCCUUUCCCAUUAGACCAGAUUCAAUAAGAGUACAAUUUUUGUAGUGAAGCCAGUUGAAUUGAAUCUCUGUUGUAACAAUUUCCCUCCGUCAUUAGGAGCAUUAAUUCACCGAGAUUUGUCUGCCAAGGAAUGAAAAAUUUUCUUGCAAACGAGUGUAGAAUGUGGUUUGUAAUAUUCUUUGGUUGCCCAUUCAGUAUGUAACUAGGGUAUAUCUGUUUGUUUUGGACUUUUUUGGUUCAAAGGAAUAAUCAUCUUGAAAAUGAAAUAUAAAUUUUGCCUAUUGGAAUA